AUGGCGAUGGGGAGACUGCCAUUCCCGAUGCUGACAAGGAUGAACUACGCGGCGUGGGCGUUGCAGAUGAAGUACCUCUUACGAACUAACAGCGUAUGGAGCGUCGUUGAUCGUGAUGAGAAGGCUACCGAUGCCAUGAAUGUGAGCCAGAACCAGCUAGCCUUGUCGAUCAUCUUCCAGUCGGUUGACGACGAGACGCUAUUGCGAGUUUUGGAGAAGGAGACCGCCCGUGAUGUGUGGGCGGCGCUGCGCUCCAUGCAUGUGGGCGUCGAGCGUGUCCAAGAGGCAAGUGUCCAAUCCUUGCGAGCUGAUCUUGAUAAUCUCAAGAUGAGUGAUGCAAAAUCUGUGGAUGAUUAUGCUGAGAAGUUCAUGAUGCUAGUUGGGCAUAUCCGUGAGCUCGGAGAUGCAGUGGAGGAGAAGUAUGUUGUGAAGAAGCUGUUGCGAUCUAUCUCCACCAAGUUCAUCAAUGUUGCUUCGGCGAUGGUGUUGUCCGGAGACAUCAACAAGAUGGCCUUAGAGGAGGCUGUUGGGUCAUUGAAGGCUCAUGAAGAACUGCUCAAGGGGCACAAUGUCCGAUCUGGAGAGCAACUCCUCAUGGCAAGAGGAAAAUACUUGACGCGAGGUCGAGGUCAUGCUCAAGGUAGCAGUGAAGGACGCAAGGGCAAAAACAAGGUAAAAUGUUACAAUUGUUAG